AUGUCUCACGACGGCAGUCAAGCAUCACUACGACUCGAAGACGACAAGCCGGUACUCGAGUUUGUCGGAGUCGGCCAUAGUGAUCGAGUCAAGCGGCUUCAUGCCCUACUGGCAAAGGCAACAGAGUCGGUUGGGGGAAGAGUGAUAGAUAAUCCUUUCCACGGUGUAUUUGGCGAUCAACACCAGAUAACAGCUCAUCCUCUUGGUGGCGCUCAGAUGUCUCGAGAUAAUACCGGCGCUCGUGGGGUUACAAACCACGCUGGGGAAGUAUUUGCCGGAAGUGCCACUUCUGAGACUCAUUCUGGUCUUGUUGUCGUGGAUGGCGCGGUUGUUCCAGGAGCACUAUGUGUGAAUCCAGCGGCAACAAUUGCAGCUCUGGCCGAGCGAGCCGUUGAGUAUUACACGCAGGCACAUGGCCUGGUUAUUAACAGAGAACCAAACGGCGUGCUUGACUUGUACGGCACACCAGCCCACCGCCCUCGACCAAGUCCAUCGUAUGAGUCUGGCCCCAAAAAAUCAAACUCCAUGUCAAGAGCAAUGCAGACAGAGCUCACGCAAUGCACGAUCCGGCGCGUUGACCCGGUGCGAUACGCUGCCCCUGAUACUGUCGCGUUUACAGAGCUCAUGAGCGGCUUUGUGCAUAGCGGUCACAAUUUGCGGCUACAUGACAAGGACAGCCACAAAUUAUCGUCUCAGGCGGCAAGGAGCCGGAGCGAGACGGCACGGCUGCUCACAAGUAAUGUCAUGUAUGCGGUACCAUCGCCCGAAUGCCCCAGCGAGAGCCGGUUGUACAAAGGUAUUGUCAAAGGUACCUUCGUAUGCCCUACUAUCAAGGGUUCACCAUUCAUGAUAUCGCAAGGCAAAGUGGAGCUUCUUCGACAAGACAAUGAACUGUCAGGGACAACCACGGUUAUAUAUCAGUUUGAAAUGAUGGGCAUUAACGGGCGACGUCUUGAUUUUCACGGAUACAAGAGAAUUGACUCGUCUGCAUCCAUGGACAUGAGAGAGUUGUGGAAGUCGACAACUACGCUAUACGUUACUAUCACCGAGGCUGAAAAAGAGAGCCUCACGUCAGGGGGGAGUCACAGACCAGGCGGCACGUUUCCAAUUUCGCAUAAUUCUAGCCAUUAUAAUCUUUUGAUUGGGCCGGACAAAGCUACCAAAAUGAUUGCCGCAGGAAUUUUGAAAAUUCGAUUGAGCGACUUUCGAAAGCAACUUUUCACACUGACACCAACGGGCAAGAAUCUGCUGAAAAGAGCAGCAACCCUUGGCUGUUUUACAAACUACUUUUCUGGGAAACUUCUGCCUCACUUUUUCUUACCGUUUGCUCCACUGCGGUAUGCCACCAGGUCGCACCCUGAUUUCAUUAACCCGACCACGCCGACCCGAACGUACACGGUUACCGCGAGCGACGGGGUACAAACAAAACUACACAUGUGGGAGCCAGAUCUCGACUUCGUUCCCGGCGAUGAAUUUGGAAGCCCGGUGCCGGUCAAAAAUCUAUUCAUGAUUCCCGGAGCAGCAGUCGACCAUCAGAUAUAUGCUUUGCCGACGAUCCCUCUCAACGCAGUCAACUAUUUCACCCGAGCCGGUUAUCGGGUCUUUGUCACGGUGCACCGAAUUGGUAUCGUGGACAACCCUGAAGAUAAGAAAUGGACCACGUAUGAUGCCAGGCUCGACAUCAAGGCAUGCCUUGAACACAUUCGAGCGUCUCAGAAUACAGACAAGGUAUAUACAAUUGCACAUUGCAUGGGGUCUGUCGCCUUUGCGUGCGGUUUACUAGACGGCACCAUUCCCUCCGAGUGGAUUCUUGGAAUCACAUGCAGCCAAGUAUUCAUGAACCCGAUCUGGAGCAGGUCCAACAAGUUCAAGUCGUCCGUCAAGUUGGACAAGGCAUACACCCGCCUGGCCGGCCACUGGUUCAACUGCAGAGCGUCGACCAAGCAAGGGGCUUUGCAGGGCGCAGUAAACCAGCUCCUGCGGUUUUUGCCAGAUAAAAAGGGCGAGAAAUGCAACAACGCGUCUUGCCACCGCAUAAGCCUGCUGUUUGGUCGGUGCUGGAGUCACUACAACUUGAACGAGGCAACCCAUCGACACAUGGAUCGCUUCUUCAACGGUGCAAACAUGACGCUCAUGCCGUUGCUGAUGCGCAUGGGCCGCUUUGGAGCCGUGUCAACAAAUGGCCCGGCUUACGAGGAUCUCACCAGCGCAGACAAUGUAGAGCGCCUAAGGGGUAUUCCGUUCUUCUUCUUCUCAGGAGGAGACAGCGACGUUCUCUCGCCCAUGGCCACGCAGAAGACUUACGAGCGACUGUGCAACACGUUUGGUGUUUCGGCUGGUAGAGAUGGCGGAGGGAUACAGUACCGUAGGAAGGUUAUACCGGGAUAUGGACAUCUGGAUGGCUGGAUGGGACGUAACGCGUGGAGGGAUGUAUAUCCUAUGGUCCGCGAGGAGGUAGAUCGCGUGGUUAGGGGUGAAGGGUAUGAGUUCCGGGAGGCUGCUAAUCCUUUCAGUGAUGCUUAUGGAGUUUUAUGA